UUUAUUGUGAAAGGUUUUCGGCAGGUGGCGGCAGAGUGCAACAAACACCGGAAACAGUCUGAGGAAGAAGAAUAACAACAAUGGCGGCGAAGUGAGAUUCGGUAGAGGAGGAUUUCUGAGACGUUAGAGAAGUCAGACAGCCCUGAUGCCGGGCAGCAGGCCGGUGGUGGAGGUGCUCCGUCUGGGUCUGCUGUCCUACCAGGAGGCUCUGCGGCUGCAGCAGCUCUACGUGACACGGCACCGCUCCGGCCCGGCUCACGCUCUGCUGCUGUGUCAGCACCCGCCGGUCUACACCACCGGCAUCCGCCACGCACCGUACCCGGCCCCCCUGCUGGACCGUCUGCGCCUGCUGGGGGCCGACGUCAACCGCAGCAACCGAGGAGGACUCAUCACCUUCCAUGGGCCGGGGCAGCUCCUCUGCUACCCCAUCCUCCACCUUAGCAGCUUCAAGAAGAGCGUCCGCUGGUACGUCUGCGAGCUGGAGAAGACCGUCCUCUCCGUCUGCAGCAGGUUUGGCAUCGAGGCGUCGACGUCUCCUCACACGGGAGUCUGGGUCGGAGACAACAAGAUCUGCGCCAUCGGAAUCCACUGCGGGCGAUACGUCACGUCUCACGGCUUCGCUCUGAACUGUAACACCGACAUGUCGUGGUUCCGCCACAUCGUGCCGUGUGGCAUCGAAGGUAAAGGGGUGACGUCGCUGAGCGCCGAGCUGCAGAGAGACGUUAGCGUGGAGGAAACCAUCCCUCACCUGCUCGACGCCUUCAGGGAGCAAUUCAACUGCCAGCUGACGGACGGACAAAUGCCUGAAACUGAGCAGGACAGCGGAGGAUCGUCAGCGUAGAAACUGAGCAGGACAGCGGAGGAUCGUCAGCGUAGAAACUGAGCAGGACAGCGGAGGAUCGUCAGCGUAGAAACUGAGCAGGACAGCGGAGGAUCGUCAGCGUGAAAACUGAGCAGGACAGCGGAGGAUCGUCAGCGUAGAAACUGAGCAGGACAGCGGAGGAUCGUCAGCGUA